AUGGCGGACGGGGUUCGUGUUGCCGCUGUGGUUCGUUUAAUGGAGUCUCUGAUGGUGCCACCAGACAAAAAUUGUACAGAACGAAUGGAUACACCGUCGGCUCGCGAGUUCCUUGCACAUCUCGAACCAUUCCAAGAAGUUCUAUUGAUCAUUGCUGCCGCAUUCACCUUGGUGGUGUACGUAUUGGCUUUCGUUCACUGGUUUUAUGUCUAUUCGUUUGUCUCCAUCGAAACCCGGAGGAACAAACUAUACUGGCUCGUUACUCUCUACCCGGUGUCGACCAGUUGUUGUCUUAUUGGAAUGCUGGCGCCACGAACAUCGCUGAUCAUGACAGCACUUGGUCUCCUUUACUAUCUUAUGUGCCUAUUCGUUAUCGUCUCACUCUGCAGGCAUUUAUUUGGAGGGCGAUCAUCGUUCUGCAAUAGCCUACAGUUCGACUCGAGACCGAUAGACUUCAGAAGUCCGCCAUUCUGCUGUCUCCUGCCAUUCCUUCCGACGGCCGAGUCUUCUGAGAAAAAUAUUCGUCGUUUGGAAUGGAUGGUACUUCAGGCGCCCGUUGUACGUGCUCUCAUUAUAGUCAGCGAUAUUAUCGCCGUUGCUGAGAUGAGAGAGGAAGCGAAGACAUUCCUCCGGUAUUCGGAUGUGUUCUCCGUCGGUUCGCUGCUUCUCGCAAUAUUCGGUGUACACACGCUGGCACGAGUGACAUCGAACAAGCUCUCCGAGUACUGCUUCAUGACGAUAUUCCGCUUCGUCGAUGUCUCGCUACUUUUCUUUUCUGCUCAGCAGCCGAUGCUCUUCCAAAACGUCCUUCUUCGUUUCGACCUGAUCACAUGCGGUCCUUUACUAACCGCUCAGGAGAACGCCAGUUUCGUGUGCAACUUCGUGAUCAUCUGCGAAAUGUUCGUGCUGUCUCUCCUGGCCACAGUACUCUUGGCACCUCGUCGAAACGCAAUGUUCGACAAUUAUCGCAGACUGAAGACAUCAUCUGUACAUGACACGGACGAGGCUGAUCUCAAUCCGGAAGACGUGGGCAUUGAAUUUAGUCACCGACCCUAA